AUGUUAGAAUUUUACGUUCAAAGUGCAGUAAAAGUUUCUCCAGGCUAUGUUGUGAUGUCAUCCAUUCACUGUGUUGUGGUGUGGGAGUGGCAGCAUGAAGGACAAUGGCUGCCACAUUCCCCCGGUGUUGCAAGGACUCUUGAAAGAGCACACGCUAAGAAACUGACAAGGGUUGUCUUGGCAGAUGCCGAACCUGCACUAAAAGGGCAUUAUGUUAAUCUGCGUACUUUGACACAGUGUUCUGAAACACCCGGUGUAUCAGAGUGUCGUGUGCGUCGGUCAUGCUAUAGUGUAACGUCCCCUGGAGGUCGUGGCGUGCGUUGGGAAUGGGCUCGUCUUGCAGACCCACCGCGAGCUGCUGAACUGAGAUAUGAUCCUCUCCCUAUGGAGGUCCAAUGUCGCCUAGAAGAGGCUUGGGAACGCGGGAUCGAAGCAGUGUCCUUUGAAGGGUGGCUGGCGUCACUCUCUAGCAUGACUGCACAGAGGCACAUCACUGGUUUACCUGGGGCACUACGACUUUUGCGGCGAGCAGCACAGCCCCCAUACCCGCUGACUAGGUCUUCGCCCCUGCCUCCUGCGCCGCCAGAGAGAAUGCCUAUUGAUGGACGUAGACCUAGAAUACCCCAACAGCAUACCGGUUCGAGUGUACACUCAGUGCAGUCAAUACAGUCGGUGCAGUCUUUUCAAUCUGUGAAAUCAGUGAAGUCUGCCCCACCAGCACCUCAAGCUGCUAGAGAAAUCAGAGGUGGCGCCAGAAGUGCAUCACCAAGAGACAGAAAGCCUGGAUUGGCGAGGCAGAUUCUACACAAUUUGAAUAUUUUUAGUAAUAACAACAAGAGCUGCAGUGGCGAGAUGAAAGAGAAGGAGGCAGAGGACACGCGGCACACGGACACGGAGUGUGGCAGCACUCGCUCUGGCAGGAGACACAGCGUGGACACCGUCUCCACCUACCUCAGCCAUGAAAGCAAAGAGAGCUUGCAGCAAGCUUCAGUUGGCGAACUACUGAAUUGCAGCAUGGGCAGUGAUGACGUCUUCGAAAUGACAACUGCACAUCCGCAGGCUAUUAAUAAUAACAAUAUAGAGCCCUUGCAAAAGCCGCGCUGCGUGGGCAUGAGCGACGAGGAGUGGGCGGUGUGGCGCAGUGUGCUGCCGGUGUGCGGGCGGGAGGGGGGCGCCUCGGCGGAGGGGGGCUGCCCCGCGUGCGGCCUGCCCCUGGACGAGCGGGGCGAGCCGAGGGACGUGGUCGCGCUGGCGCAGUGCGGACACGAGGUGCACCUCCGCUGCCUGAGGAUACACGCGCAGAAAAUCAAAGACACGGAGGGUGCAACAUACAUCGAAUGUCUCGUUUGCGGACAGCAGUACGGACGCGGUGAGGAGAGGGAAGAACGACAGGGGGGCGGUGAGCAGCCCAGCGGAUCAAUGGCCUGGCGCAGACAAACCGACAAUUUGCCCGGACAUCCACCACAUUCUGGAUCAAUACUCGUCACUUAUAACUUCCAAUCUGGACGUCAAGGACCCGGACAUCCAGCCCCCGGGGAGCCAUACUAUGCAGUGGGGUUCCCGCGACACUCGCUGCUACCUGACACGCCUAUUGGACGACAGGUGCUGACCGCGCUGCAGUGCGCCUGGGAGCGGCGCGUGCUGUUCACGGUGUCCGCGUCUCGCACCACGGGUCGCGAGCACGUGGUCGCGUGGCGGGUGCCGCCCCCUCCGGCCACGCAUGCGCACUACCGCACCCCGCAUAACGCGCACCUACUCCUCGACGCGUUGCAUCAUCUCCACGCGUUGCUGAGGGACACGACCGUAUGA